UAGGAGCUUUCCCGGGAAGGUGGGGGUGGAGGAAGGAAAGGAGAAAAAGGCUGCUGACUGCUGGACUGAUUAGCUGGAGGAAGCCGGAAAUAGUACUCGCUAUCCGUUAAACGGUUGCCUCGGGCGGGUUUGUAGUUUUUUGGGUUUUUUUUUCUUUUUUGGCCGCUCGUCUCUUGGGGACCGUCGCUUCGGUUGACUCCUCCCCGAUUCUUUUCGCUCAAUGGCCGAGUUCGAUCUCUUCGGCGCCUCUCAGCCAGUGGCGGGAAACGGGGCACUGGGGGUUGGCGAAGAAGACCCAGCCGCCGCCUUCCUGGCCCAGCAGGAGAAUGAAAUCGCGGGCAUCGAGAACGACGAGGGCUACAGUAUCCUGGAAAACGGCGAGGUGCCCGUCGGGAUGCAAGGCCAAGACGCGCUGACCGCAGAUGCAAUUGAUGGCGUGACGAAUGGCGAUAUCUACCAGCUGCCUCUUUGUCUGGAUCAGGAGAGCAACGGACCUACAGACUGCUACGCUGCUAUUUCUCAAGCUGAUCGUCUGCAGACAGAACCAGAGAGCAUUCGCAAAUGGAGAGAAGAACAGCGAGAGCGUCUAGAAGAGCUAGAUGCAAACUCUCGAAAGCAAGAAGCAGAAUGGAAGGAAAAAGCAAUAAAGGAAUUGGAGGAGUGGUAUGCAAGACAAGAUGAGCAGCUACAGAAAACAAAAGCAAAUAACAGGGCAGCUGAAGAAGUCUUUGUGAAUGAUGUUGAAGACUCAUCUCCUGGCACCGAGUGGGAACGUGUGGCUCGGCUCUGUGACUUUAACCCCAAGUCGAGCAAGCAGGCAAAAGAUGUGUCCCGCAUGCGGUCAGUGCUGAUUUCGCUCAAGCAGGCCCCGCUGGUUCGCUGAAAGGGAAAGCACACCCUACACUACAAAUGCAAUAUCUAACUUUACUCAGAGAAGCUGUGUUUGCAGUGAUUGGAUUAAUUAUGUUUAAAUGUUUUUUGUUGUUUGUUUUUGGACCAAACCUCACAAUGUAUUUAGAGUUUGAUCAUUGUUCUGUGAUUGCAUGUUUCUCCUCUGUGUCCUCCUGGUGUCCAAACUGGGCGAAAACUUCCAAAAUUGUAGUCUCUAUGCUCCUCUUAUGCAUUGAGAUUUGACUUUCAAAUGUACCAAUAUUAAAGUUCUGUUUAAAUUGCA